AUCGAGUCAAGGGCGCAGAUUUUGACAUGCUGUCCUCAAACGCCUUCAGAAACUCUGGUAUGAGGCUGGCUACCUGCCGUGGACGGAGCGUGAGUCGAAACUACUGACAUCGAGUCAGAAAAUAUACCCUCAGGAUGCUGAAAGACCACGACGAUUUCGAGUACCUGAUUCUCGAUGUUGACCAACUCCGUGAGCAUCCAUACCGGGAGCCACUGCUCAAGCUGAUAAAUAAGGCUUUCUGCGAGGGUAGUCAGGCAAUAUAUAGCGACUCUCUGAGCCGUUUUGGGAGCCUGGAGGAGUUACUCGGCACAGUAGAUGACCAUGGAAGAUGCUGUGUCCUUUUUCGAAGGACUCCCGGACGAACAACGAACGACUGGACCGAUCCUGUUGCUACGGCGAUGUUACGACCGUUUAGAGAUUCGAUUUUUGGGCUGCCAGAUAUCGAACCCAAGUUAGUUGAUGCGUCUGGUGAGGUAUUGAUGGACUACCACGAUGAUGUCAAGUCCGAAUACUUUGAGCAGCCUGCUGAAUUCAAGGGAAACACGCAAGAUAUCUUGUCCAUCACUAAGUGGGAACCGGUAUCUGUUGCUGUUAAAAAUGGCCCCAGCUUGCUCCACAGGGGGCUGGCCUCUCGCUGUCUUGCCCUUCUAGAGGCAGAUCUCUGCUCUCGGGUUAACGAAGCGAAGCUGACUACACGCAGACAAGAGGCUGCUGGGGCUGAUCAUACAGGAUGUAAAGCUGGUUCCCUGACGAUGCGGCUGCGAACAACAUGGCAGAUAAAUGGAGAAUACUGGAGCCGACUGGGCUUCACGCCGGUCGAGGUCCGCAGAGUCCCAGCAGGAGUAUGAGGUGCAAAAGUGCCUUUCCGCCUGAUGACUAUGACGAAGACGAUACUCUGUUCAUCUGAUAGAUGUGAUGCAUAAAUGUUGGAUAGAUUCUGAUAGAGCCUGUUCAUGGCCCCUUUUCCUGCCCCCUUCAGGCAUAACAACUGUACAACCUGGCCAUGUCUGUUGAUAAAAGCCCGAGAUACUGUCCCAGAGCCAACGAGAAUCAAGAUACGAACAGUCCUAUAGUCCAUUCUGGCCUCCACAUGCAUCCGUAGUCACUGUUAAUCGUUGGUGCGCAUCAGGGAUGCAUGGACGGCGGCUGUAAACAGCUCUAUUAGCUGGCCAUUUCAUCCAUGUUCUGUAGAUAUAACGAUAUAACCAACUUGAACAGCUACCAAUAUUGAAUAACACCGUUAUUCUGAGCAUCUUCUCCUGUAAAUAGAUACUCCGUAACCAGCUUAUCCAUCUGUAUGUCCGCAAUCCAUCGUCGAGUCCUCUGACGACGCUAUGGAGGAGCCUCGCCGCCAACGACCCAUCCCUGCCACUCCCUCUGUGAUACCUCCAGUGACAGCAGCGU